AUGUGGGGCCCAAGGAGUGUUUCCUUUCGCCACUUCUCCCGUGCUGCUGAGGUGAAGACAAUUGUUGUAGGGGGCUCCGAGGGGCCAAGGGGCCCCUCUGGGGGGACCCAGGGGCCCUCCGAAGGGAGGUCUCUUAGUUCUCUGCUGUCUUUUCAGCAGUUGCAACAUGGUGGUGCUGCAGCAGGAAUAAAACAGCAGGAGGUGCAGCAGGAGGAUGAGCAUAUGAAUAAUACAAUUGAGGACGAAGGUGUAUUAAGUUGGGGCAUAUCUGCUGAGGUGUCUAGACAGGUAUCAAUAAAAAGAUUACGUCCUUCUUUAGGUAAUUGUAUACCAUUUAAAGAAUUUUUAUCUUCUUUAGCGGCAGCAAAUAUCUUCAAACAAAAUCAUCAUUUAUCUACAUUACCUGCUAUACAACUUAUGCAGCAUUUACCACUUAGUGCAGCCAUGGAGGCCCUGUUAAGAAGUAGCCCUUCUUUAUACUUCAGCAUUAGUGAUUUCUGUAAGGCUUUAGAGCCCCUGCUGCUGCAGCGGAGGGGCCCCUCAGGGGCCCUAGAAGGGGCCCCUGGAGGGGCCCUUGGGGGCCCCCCUCUACAUGCCGAAAAUGACGAAUGGGGAGACCGGAAAGAAGUCCGCAGAGCACUAGAAGGGUUAUUUGAGGAGAUGCAGGGGAGUCGCAGUGGGGCAGCAGAUGCCUUGGAGGUUUUGCAGGGUUUGUCUCGUUAUUGUAGGGUUAGUGCAGAAGACAGAAUAAAAGCGAGCUUCGCGUUGCUUGAUAAAGAACAUCGAGGGUUUUUAAACUUUUUCGUUGUUGCUGCUGUCUUCCAUCACCUUCAUCGCAUGUUGCUGACUCCUUCGAUUGUUGACAAACUCCGUCGUGCACAAAUCGCCUUCGAUAACGUGGAUGAUUUAGCAUUAGCGAGUGCCGUUGAAUUAUUUAAAAGAAAAUAUCCUUUCCUUAAAAUCUCCCGUGGCAGUUGCUGCAGCAUGCAAGGAAGAGCAGCAGCAAUGACAGCAGAAGCAGCAGCAGCAGCAGCACCACCACCACCACCAACAGUAGCGGGAGCACCAGCAGCAACAGCAACAGCAGCAGCAGCAACAACGGACAGCAGCAGCAAAGUUCUCUUCGUAGACACUAAUGAGGAACCAUGGAAGUCUGUCUCUCAUUACUCAGGCCUAACCCUCUCUUUUGAUGAAUUCGUUAAAGAGUGUCGAGACACCCCAAAAGAGGCAUCAAUUAACGCGACAUCUUUGUUGCGAUUACCCCUCAUUGUUGCAUUAAGGGAUUUAUUUUAG